CCGCUGUUUCUCGGGAGAGAAGAACCGCUCGUUGAGAGCUGGAGGCGAAGAGGGCCUUAAAGGGACUAAUCCAGUACCCUCAGAUGAAGAUGUGGAAGACCAAAGAGAGGAAGAGACUGGCCCACGGUCACAAGAUACGGAUACCGUUGGCCCAAGCACUUUCCACCCAGACAGUUGUAGGGAAAAGACAAGGGCGCCCACUUUCUUCCAGCCCCAGAAAGGGGCCACGGAGAGGGCUGUUGACUAGUGAGGGAUUUUGAAGAUAGAUAGGAGGAACAAGGAGAAAGAAGGGGCUGUAGGGCUGUCUUGUGCACACGUGCACACUCACACACACACAUUCCAAUAGGCACAUGUACACUGUUAGAUGCAUAGCAAGUUCUCUCUUGUCCCAGAUGCCGCCUUCAGAGCCCUCCAGAAGGGCUGCCCUGGGCUCUGGCUGUAGCCCUCCUGAAUGGCUGCUUCAUCCCUCCUCUCCCUCCUGGAGCCCAACUGCUGCUGUCACUUCAUACCCUGCCAAGGAGGAGGGAACUGCAGUGACAGCAGGAGAGAGAAGCAGGACAGACAGAGUCGUGGGGCACAGAGAGGUAUGGAGAGAGAUGCUGAGCCCAGGGAACACGGAGCCCCAGAGAGAGAGGGCUGAGGGGCGGAGCUAAGGUAGUGAGAGUCUGAGGGAAGUGGGAACUGAAAGGAACAGCAAGAAGGGGCAGGAGACAAGAGGAUUUGUGGGUCACAGAGCCCCUCGGCCAUGCUGGGAGCAAAGCGACACUGGUUACCAGGUCUCCUACUCAGCCCCAGGGUGCCCUUGGCACUGAUGCUCCUGACCUUAGGGUGUGGAUGGGCCCAAGAGGGGGCAGAGCCUGUCCUGCUGGAGGGCGAGUGUCUGGUGGUCUGUGAGCCUGGCCGAGCAGCUGCAGGAGGGCCUGGGGGAGCAGCCCUGGGAGAGGCACCCCCCGGAAGAGUGGCAUUUGCUGCAGUCCGCAGCCACCACCAUGAGCCAGCAGGAGAGAUCAGCAAUGGCACCAGUGGAGCCAUCUACUUUGACCAGGUCCUGGUAAACGAGGGUGGUGGCUUUGACCGCGCCUCAGGCUCCUUCGUGGCCCCUGUCCGUGGUGUCUAUAGCUUCCGGUUCCAUGUGGUGAAGGUGUACAACCGCCAAACUGUCCAGGUGAGCCUGAUGCUGAACACAUGGCCUGUCAUCUCAGCCUUUGCCAACGACCCUGAUGUGACUCGAGAGGCAGCCACCAGCUCCGUGUUACUGCCCCUGGACCCCGGGGACCGGGUGUCCCUGCGCCUGCGUCGGGGGAACCUACUGGGUGGCUGGAAAUAUUCGAGUUUCUCUGGCUUCCUCAUUUUCCCACUCUAAAGGUUCAAGCCUUUCAAGGACCAGAAUCUAACCCCUGACCUCUGACUUCUGUCCUCUCCUGCCCCUAAAGCAGCAUCUUUGGGGAAGAAGAGAGGUUCCCUCUGGCUGCCUAUAUUCAACCUUCUUGCAUGGGACCCUGUGCCUAACACCCAAGGUGAAGACUAGAGCUGUGGUGUCUGGGGACCUGGCCCCUCUUACCUCCCCUCCCACCCCCAGGCUCCCACUGCAUCUCUUUGUGCCUGCAGGGUUUGGCAGGUAGGGAGGCCUGUGCUACUUUGCAGACUCUGCUCUUCCUGUUCCUCCACCCCCAGCUUUCUGCUCAGUGCUAUUUGGGGACAGGUGGCACAGGUGAGCCUGACAGGCCCCCACAGGGGCCCAGAUGGACCAGCCUCAGUGUAGCCUGCAGGCUCCUUCCUAUGAGGUGUGCCAAGCAUCACAGAUCUUGGCCAGCACAAUCAGAAGCUGAGCCAGCACCAUUGGGCUAAGGCAGCAGAAGAGUUGGGAGGGCCACAGAGUGGCCCAGAGCCUGUGGCCAGUGGGGCAGGAAGAGCUUGUGCCCAGCCUGAACACAGUAUACGUGUUUCAUUGACAUUGGGGCAGCCAGCAGGCAGUGAAGCCAGGUAUCUAUCUGUUCUAGGUUCCAGAUGGACUCUGGCCCUCCCCUCCCCAUCCACGACAUGGGGUGUGUAUGUUUGCUCUAGCCAAGAGUGGGUGUACUGAGCUUCUUUAGACAGCUGGGGGUAGGGGUAGAAAGUCAUACAUGAGCAAGUAUAGAUCUCCAGGCAUGGAACAUGUCAGUGACAAGGCCACCACCCAGAACUGCUCCACCUUUGUGAUCUGAAUUUAAGCCACUCCAUACUCUGACAGCCACCUCCGUCCUCCCAGCUCUCUCAGCUACCUUCACUGUACCUGCUCCAGACUAUCCCUCAGACUCUCUUCUUUCUCCUGAUUUGUGCUGCCUUGUCCUCCUUCUUAAACUUCCCACCAUCUUGGAUGUGACUCAUCCCUUCAAAUGCUCUCCUGCCAGUAUUAUAAAAUUUCUCUGUCUUACCAUGCUGUCCCGUUCUCCCAGUAUGGAUGAACCUAUCAGUAAAGCAACUAGAGAAUGAUGGUCAAUGGGAAACUGCAGGAUCACUGAAGAGACAAGAUGCCAUUACAAUUUGGAUCAGGGGUUACAGGAUACAAGCAGGUAUGUUGUUGAGAAGAUAAAUGUAAACUUGCAUAUUCAAGUCAAAUAAAAAAGGAAAUUAGUAAUGCUUGCAUUAAAUAGGAAAUACCAAUGUGAA